AUGGCCGAUGUAGCAGAAGUUCAGAAAGUGGUCGAGACUCUGUGUCUCACAUUCGCCUACCACAUGUAUGGGUCUUCUAUGGGAACCCUCAAUGUCCUGGUGAGUGAUGAUCUUGACCGGAAAACCAACGUGUGGACCAGGUCUGGUAAUCAAGGAAAUGAAUGGCAUGGAACUGGAAUACAGAUCCCACCAGAGCCAAGCACCACUACAUCCAUAAAGAUUUUCUUUGAAGGUAUCCGUGGUAGCAGCUUUGAGGGGGAUGCAGCUAUUGAUAACGUUGUUAUCACGCCGGUAAACGGAAUGUGGGGAUCGUGGAGUACAUGGAGUAUUUGUUCGGUUACCUGUGCGGUUGGCUCCAAGUCUAGAACCCGUCAGUGUAAUGAUCCGGCCCCAGCGUUUAAUGGUCACCAGUGUACAGGCGAACCUGUCGACAAGGACACGUGUACUUUGUCUCCAUGUCCAGUAAACGGAAUGUGGGGAUCGUGGAGUACAUGGAAUACCUGUUCGGUUACCUGUGCGGUUGGCUCCAAGUCUAGAACUCGUCAGUGUAAUGAUCCGACCCCAGCGUUUAAUGGUCUCCAAUGUACAGGGGAACCUGUCGACAAAGACACGUGUACUUUGUCUCCAUGUCCAGUAAACGGAAUGUGGGGGUCGUGGAGCGCAUGGAAUACCUGUUCGGUUACCUGUGCGGUUGGUUCCAAGUCCAGAACCCGUCAGUGUAAUGAUCCGGCCCCAGCAUUAAAUGGUCUCCAGUGUACAGGAGAACCUGUCGACAAGGACGCGUGUACUUUGUCUCCAUGCCCAGUGGAUGGAGGAUGGGCAUCGUGGCGAACCUGGAGCGCGUGUUCCGAUGUGAACAAUGAAGUUGUCAGAGCAAAGUGCAGAAAGUGCAUAAAUCCAUCCCCACAAUAUGGCGGUGAUUUUUGUUCCGGAAAUCAACUGCUGGUGGAGCAAUGCCCCACAACACCGGGAUAUCUCAAGCGGAAGUGUAGAUGUCGACGAUCUCGGAUGCCUGUGAUAAAAAACAUCAGUGUGGGGGAGCUAGCCGAUAUCAUGGAUAAAACGAAGGAGGAACUUACAGUGGACAAAACGCAAACUGCAGUGGCUAUCAGUAAGAAAAUAUCCGCCCCAGAUUCUCGGAAGUCCUCGUUUGCUAUGGGAAUACUUGGUAUCAUUAUGUUCGCCGUUCCAGUCGCCUUCCUUAUCGGUAUCGACUUGAUGAACGUCUACCAAUACUUCAAGGGUAGAAAUCAAUAA